AUUGGCUGCCUUGCACGUAGGCUGCAACCACCACCUCCUGUUUGGGGAAACGAGUUACUUUGAUCACCCCCCUCCCCAUUACAUUGUAUCAUGUGAAUGAGUUACUUUUAAGUGGCGGGGGAGAGGGCAUGAGUGCUAAUCAGCGGAGGGAUCUACUGUGAUCUGCGAAGUGAACCAUCAUCCUGGAGAGAUCUUGAAGGUGAGUACUGUACUUUUGAUAGGCGCUCUUUUAUGAAGCAUCCUUCUUGGGGGCGAAGAGGCGUCACACCGGAGGGAAGAGUCGGUACUGGAGAAGUUAACAUACAGAGCGCUGAUCUGGAUGCAAACGAGAUCCAAGUGGGGGCACUGCUGUUACCUCUGAGCAGGUUGCUUUUGAGCCCAGCCUGGGCAAUCCAGCUCCGACGAGCCCGCGCGAGAGGUCAGGGGUUCGGAGAGAGGGCUCUGCUAGUUGCUGCCUGCCAGGGUUUUGCGAGCAGGGUUUAAGCAAUUUGCAAAUAAUGCUGGAAAUAACCAGAAAGGCAGGGAGGGCGAGAAAGAGAGAGAGCGCGCGUUCAGGAGGUGCAAAAACCCUGACUUUGAAAAAACAACCCGCAACGCGUCCAAAAUCAGUAUCGCUGUCUGAGUUUCAAAACUAGAGGUGGGUUCUAUUCUCACCCCCAUCCCGAUUAUUUUAUCUUUUGAUGCAAAACCUUUUGGCCUGCAAACAUAUUUUUUUUAAUUCAUGCUAGCUUAAAAACAUUGACAUCUUUUUUAAUAUAUAGACAUGGUGUUGGAAGGGAAACGCUUUCUUGCGGAUUCUGGUUAAAAACAUGAACUGCUUUGUUUACUACAUAGCUAUAUGAUGGCAUGUGAGGUUAGGAUAAUACCAGGACAAGCCUAGGGUUCGCCGUAUGGGAUCUGAGCUUUUUUUGUUUGUUUGUUUUUUGGUUGUUGAAUUAACACCCAUCUUUUUUCUUGAGCUGGUUGUUUUAAAAUAUACUCCGAAAGUCAAUGUGGGGUUAUUGUGGACGGAUGCGUGCUCUAUAUGAGUGUCUUUUAAUGUGUGUCUGUGGUUUUGAGAGAAGGGAGACUUUACAGAACAGCUUUUAGAAGGUGAUGUGCACUGCAAUAUAAUUAUUUCCAGAACCCUUUCCUGCUCUCUUGAGUGCAUUUGAACGCCCAGGGAGACCUUAAUUAGGGUCACGGAUUGCUGCUUCCCUACAUUAAAUACCUAGCUUCCCUGCUGAUGCUGGUAUAUGACACUCUGGAAUGAUGUCGUCUUUGUCUGCUGAGCUAAGACACAGCUUUAAAAUCCACGAUCACCAUUCUUUUUUGUUGUCCAAAUUCUUCUGAGAUUAUAUAUAUAUAUAUAUAUAUAUAUAAAAACACACACACAAACAUGGAGGUGGGGCAGAAAAGAAUAUAUUGUGUGACCUAUAUCAGAUGAUUAUAUGUGUGAGACUAAGAGACUGCAGGAAGCUUAGCUACUGUAACUGGAUGUGUUUGUUCAUUAAUUGCAUAUAGCUAGAAAUACACUGAAAGUGAUAUUUGGGUCACAGGGUGCUGUUUACUGCAAAAAGCCCCCAUUUCCUGCAGUACUUAGCCAAGCCGUUUAUAAUCUUAUUCAGCAGCAAACAAUGGAUCUUGCUUUGGAGGGCAUGCAUGCUAGUAAAAAAAGAAUGAUUGUCUGGAAAGUGACACCCAGAGAACCUUUGUGUGUGUGUCGUGUGCCACUGUAUGCAGAAGCACCUGAUUCAGGCUAAGUUGAAUUGCUUGCUAUUUAGGCUAUGUUGUUGUUGUUGUUGUUGUUGUUUAGUCGUUUAGUCGUGUCCGACUCUUCGUGACCCCAUGGACCAGAGCACGCCAGGCACUUCUGUCUUCCACUGCCUCCUGCAGUUUGGUCAAAUAUUUAGGCUAUGGUUGUUGUUGUUUUUUUACAUACUUCUUCCCUCACAUCAGGAAUUUUCCUUUAUCCCUGCUAUCUUGAUUUAUUUUCCAACAGUACAUUUUCCAAUAUAGUUUUUUUUAAUGUUAAUGAACGUGACUAACUUAGGCCUGAAAUUUCACUGGUGAAUGCCGGCCCAUCCAUGAGGCAGACGGAGGCCGCUGCCUCAGGCAGCUGAAUCCAAAGGGCACUUGGGUGGGCAGGCACCCCUUGAUGCCUCUGCAAGAGAAGGGAGGAGAAGAGAGGCUGUGGUGGCUUUGGGGUCCACUGAGAUCUCACAAGAGCAAAAUCAUGCAGAGGCCUCUGCAGGGCUCUUACAUUUUUCACUAGUGGAUGUUUCCAAACAUUUUUUUUUUUAAGGAUAGCCUUGUGCACAAUGCAUUGCAGUAUGCCCCUCCUGUCUCCAGCACAGUGCUGCAGCUCGUGUUGGGAUGGGCCCAGGUUCAGUUUCUGACACACACACCCCAGUUUAUAAGAAAGAACCUCUUGCAGAAGAAGUGACAAAGAAAACAAAAACCACAUUUGAAACCUUGGAGAAUCAUUGCCAGUUAAUAACCUACAAGUCUUGCUGGAUCUGACCAAAGGCCUAUCCUGUUUACAGUAGUGUGACAAACACUGGGGCUUGCUGCUUGCAAUCCUGGAGGCAGCCUAUAAGCAGCAAAGACUAGUCCUUUAGGGUCAAUGGGGCACUGCCCCACCAACCUCAGUCUGCCUCCCUUCCCACUUAUCAUCAGACUAGGAGAUGGCAUGAGAUGUCAGCUUCCUCCUCCUAUUUUUUGUUGUUGUUUAGUUGUGUCCAACUUUUCGUGACCCCAUGGACCAGAGCAUGCCAGGCACUCCUGUCUUCCACUGCCUCCCGCAGUUUGGUCAAACUCAUGCUGGUAGCUUCGAGAACACUGUCCAACCAUCUCGUCCUCUGUCGUCCCCUUCUCCUUGUGCCCUCAAUCUUUCCCAACAUCAGUGUCUUUACCAGGGAGUCUUCUCUUCUCAUGAGGUGGCCAAAGUAUUGAGCCUCAGCUUCAGGAUCUGUCCUUCCAGUGAGCACUCAGGGCUGAUUUCCUUCAGAAUGGAGAGGUUUGAUCUUCUUGCAGUCCAUGGGACUCUCAAGAGUCUCCUCCAGCACCAUAAUUCAAAAGCAUCAAUUCUUCGGCGAUCAGCCUUCUUUAUGGUCCAGUUCUCACUUUCAUACAUCACUGCUGGGAAAACCAUAGCUUUAACUAUAUGGACCUUUGUUGGCAAGGUGAUGUCUCUGCUUUUUAAGAUGCUGUCUAGGUAUAUCAUAUUAAUAGACCACCUUUUCUCCAAGUAGCACAAGGCGGCAUACAUGAAUCUCUUCCUCCUCAUUUUCUCCUCAUAACAUCCCUGUGAGGUGGGGUUAGGUUGAAAGACUGUGACUGACCCAAGGUCACACUGUUAAUUUCUUGGCUGGGCAGGAAUGGUCCCAGGGUGGUUUACACAAUAUAGUGGUACCUCUGGAUACAAACGAGAUCCCAUGAUGACUUUCUGUGAUUUAUAUUUUAUUAGAAUAUUUUCAUUUAUAAAAACAUAGUGACCAAAAAGAGAAAAAAGUGUGAGAAUGAAGAAGGGGGGAAGUCAGUUACAUUUCCAUACAUUAGUAUAAAGAUGUGUAUAACUUAUUAUCUUAAUACAUUUAAUACAUAUAAAAAAACCCCACCUAAUAUAUUCUGUAUAAACUCAUUCCAAAUAUCAUUAUAUUUAUCUAGUGAAAGUCUGCAUCUAUAAGCAGUUUGUCCAUAUGUUGCUAAUAUUGUCAUGUUGUCAAGCCAUUGAUCAUAUCUCUAUUCGUCCGGUUCAUCGGUAUCAAUCUCCACCAUUAGAGCAUGUAGAAUCCAAAAACUGGGAUACUGUGGUCAACAGUAUCAAAAUCCAUCAAGAGAUCACAGAGGGUGAGCAGGUUCACACUUCUCCCUCCUCUCUCCUGAUAAAUGUCAUCAACCAGGGUGACCAAGGUAGUUUCAGUGCCAUAACCAGACCUGAAGCCAGCCUGGAAUGGUUUCACAAACAACACUAAUCUGGAUAAACGGAACCCAUAUAGAGAGGGAAACGGGAUCAUAGUGGCAAAUGCCAGCCCCAAACUACACACACUUAGUUGGUCGUGGGAACAAACCUUGUGUGCAUGGGCUCGGAACAUCCAGCCGUAAACUCUGUACAUCAGCGCAUGUACAUUUCAUUGUCUCCACACUAAGAGCCAGUGUGUUGUAAUCGUGAGGGUUCAGGUCCCCACUUGGUCAUGAAUCUCACUGGCUGAACCUGGGGCAGACCUUCCAUAUCUACCUAUCUACCUAACAUAACUCAGAGAAUUAACGUGAGGAUAAAAGGCAUGCACUUUGUGGGGCUUCCCUUGGGAUUGGUCUGGAAGGUGCAGCUUGGAUAGGAUGUUGUGGCCAGGUUGUCAAGUGGAACACCUGGAUGUGCAUAUUACACCUGCGCUGAAGGAACUGCAGUGGCUGAUGAUCAGCUAGCAGGCCGUGCUUAAGGUACCUGUUAUUAACCUAUAAAGCCCUCAACAAUUCAGGAGCAGGUUGCCUAAAAGACUCCUUGCCCCUGUAUAGACCUGUAAGAUCACUUAGAUCAGUGUUUCCCAAACUUGGAUCCCUAAUUAUUAUUUUUUUUGGACUUCAACUCCCAUCAUCCCUGGCCACUGGUCCUGCUAGCUAGGUAUGAUGGGAGUUGUAGUCCAACAACAGCUGGAGACCCAAGUUUGGGAAGCACUGAUUUGGAUCAUGUGGGCAAAUUCUACUCGUGGCACAGCACUCUACAGAAUAUCAUAGGGCAGUGACACAGAAAUGGGCAUUUCCAGCUGUUACCCCUGGUCUGUGGCGUGCCCUUCCCUCUGCCAUACACGAGGCAACAGCUAUUAGCUGUCUUGUGAAUGCUUAUCUCUUUGUCCAGGCUUUCCAUGAAACAUAAGAUGCUGCUGCUUUGUUGGAGUUUUUUUUGGUUGUUGUUCCAUUUCUGUUUUAAUGACAGUCUUCGCUUUUCUAUUGUAUACUGCUUAGAGAUCUUUAAAAAUAUUAUAAAUGGCUUUCAAUAAAUCAAAUAAAAUGGGUGUGUUGGCAGGAGGAUGGAGAGAUACGUAUACUAAUGAGCUCAUGAGCUGAAAGUUGGGAUACAAAGGUUGUUUUUGUUGUUGUUCAAAAAAGAAAUUGUGAUUAGCAUGUAUUACUGAAACUGCUGCGUUUUUAACACUUGGCUAUAGUUUUUCAGUUACCCCUACAAUGAUCCUGUAAGGUAGCAAGCAUUAUGACUCUGAAAUCGCGGGUGGGGUGGGGGGGAGGUUUGAGCAUGAGAGCUGCUAUCAAUUUCUGGAGGCAGUUCAUGGAUUCGUGCCUGAGAUGAGGUCUGAACCAGGGCCACCCUUGCUAAAAAGCUCCCUUCUCUCCACCAGUGUGCUUCCUUUGAUCUAGUUAAAGCACAAACUGUGAGCCUCAUCUCCAUAAUUCCAAAGCAAUUUGCUGGUUCAUCAACUUCUUAAGCAACAAUCAGAGUCGGGAGCAAGUGGAACAAGAUAGACAGGACCAGGUUAAAUGUGUGGACAGGCUACAAUUAAGGACGUGCCGCAGAACGGUAUAUACUCUGUGCUUGAAAAUCUAGCCUCUGUGCCAGGUUGAGCAAGAUUUUGGGCCUACAAUAUUUAGUUCUGCAGCCUGAGUACAAUGUAGACAUGUGUCUCUGUUUUAUCCAUAUCUGUUGUUUUAUCUACUACGGUAACUUAAAAGAGGUGACUCUUUCCCGUCAGUAUUCCUGAAGAAGGCAGCUUGCAGAGAAUGUCUGUCGUGUCCUUUUUUUCUAAUGGAACAAUAAAUCUGACUUGUGAAAACUGCAAAAGCUGUAAAACGGUGUAAGAGCAGCAGAAUAAAACCGUAUUUUAAAAGGCCUGAGAAAAGUAAGGGCACACGAUGGCAAAAAUACACACUACAGAAUAGAGAAGGGUACCAAAGCAGCAGCUCCCUGGGAGAUUGGGGCACAGAUGGGGUGCCACAGCUGAAAAGGCCCAGAUCUAAGCAUCUGACUAAGAUCUGGAUGUGCAGGCAAAUACACGUGAGAAAGCAACAGUCCCUGUGUUUCUUCCUUCCAGGGGAAAUGACUUGUUGGAACUAUGUACCCCUUCAGAGUUCUUAGAUGACUGGCAGCCCUUGUGAUUCGUGCAUCCCCUCAAUCCUGAGGACUAGCGCCUUGCAUUUUAUUAAAAACUGAAAAUCUUAUGGUUCGGAAGGUGCAGCAUUGCACAUCACACACCAGAUUGCCUGAGGGUCGAAUACAGAAUACUUUUCCAUCAUUAGAGACCAGGAGCAGCCAAGAAUUUAAGCCUACAAGGAAAAAUCCAGCAGCAAGCAACAGGAGAUCUGAGUCGUUGAGGACAAUCCCAAGCCAAAUAGAUGAGGCUUGCAUUUAUUUAGGUUGCAUCUCUCCAGCUGUUGCCAGAGAUGCUUGACAGAUCUGCUGGCCAGAUGUACUGCAGGAAAAGGGCAGGUGAAUUGGAAGUGCAAAUGUUGAAGCUUGUUUAUGGAGAGUUGCAUUUCUUCCUUUCCCUUGCCGACAGUAAAUUAAAUUGCUCUGAUGCUGCUUAGCAGGACCCCGUUCUGCUGGAAUGCCUGCUAGGAAGCAUUUGGCAUCAACUUGUUGCAUCAGCCCACAACCACCGACUUGACUUUUAACCACAAUCACAUCAAUGCGUCUUUCCUCAUCAAGUUUACAUCCCCACAGUGACAAUUAGCAGUGCUUCAGCUGGCCAAGGAGCCCUUUCUGCCAAUGCUGGCCAAAGGACUCUUUGGCCUCAUUGCACGAUGCUGAGCCUUUGCAACUUGUCUGCUUUGCAAACUUGCAGAGGCUUUAAAUUCUGAUUUGUCGGCCAAAGGCCAGCCUGCCUUUGCCCUUCAUUCCAGAGGCGGAGAUGGGUGCCUUUGAUUUAUUAGGCAGGGUGUUCAUAAAGGCCAGAGUGAAAUAGGGGGAGGGGAUGGUGUUGUGGCCUCCUAACCUAUGGACUACUAGAGUCAUAUUGUGGCACAAACUCUUUUCCAUUCCAGUGUUAGAAACUCAGAUAUAUAAGCUAGGCACCAAAUGGCUCUUAAAACCAAGGUUACAGUCGCCAAAAUAGAAUGUCCUCUUGUCGUUUUGGAGCAAGAUGUCUCUAAAGUCUUAUUUUUCAGAUGAUGGACUGAUUGAUUCCCAAUUAAAAUUCAGAUGACCUUGAGCUAGAUUAAGAGCUUUUAGAACUUAAAGAAGAAAAGUCACUUGAUCCAGCGAGAGUCCACAUAUAUAUUGGCCUAUUCUGACCUCUUUUUCUUAACGGUAGCUACUCCUGCUAGACGCGGGUGGCGCUGUGGGUAAAACCUCAGUGCCUAGGACUUGCCGAUCGCAUGGUCGGCGGUUCGAAUCCCCACGGCAGGGUGAGCUCCCAUCUUUCGGUCCCAGCUCCUGCCCACCUAGCAGUUCGAAAGCACCCCUAAGUGCAAGUAGAUAAAUAGGUACCGCUUUAUAGCGGGAAGGUAAACGGCGUUUCCGUGUGCUGCGCUGGUGCUGGCUCGCCAGAGCAGCUUCAUCACGCUGGCCAUGUGACCCGGAAGUGUCUCCGGACAGCGCUGGCCCCCGGCCUCUUAAGUGAGAUGGGCACACAACCCUAGAGUCGGACAUGACUGGCCCAUACGGGCAGGGGUACCUUUACCUUUACCUUUUGCUCCUGCUCAGGCUGCACAGAAAAGGCAAUUUGGUUUCAGAAUUCAUUCUGAUUGUGCAGAUAAAAUAUAACCGAUAGAAUUCUACAGGACGGGGUAUUAAGUUUGUGAAAACAGUCCAGAUCCAAUGAUCCCUAGAUGGUGGAGACGUCAGGCCCCAUCCUGGCACCCAGGCAUGGUAAAGGUAAAGGACCUCUGAUAGUUAUGUCCAGUUGCAGAUGACUCUGUGGUUGCGGACUCAUCUCACUUUACUGGCCGAGGGAGCCGACGUUUGUCUGCAGACAGUUUUUCCGGGUCAUGUGGCUAGCAUGACUAAGACGCUUCUGGCAAAACCAGAGCAGCGCACGGAAACGCCGUUUACCUUCCCGCCGGAGUGGUACCUAUUUAUCUACUUGCACUUUGACGUGCUUUCGAACUGCUUGGUUGGCAGGAGCAGGGACCGAGCAACAGGAUUCGAACCACUGACCUUCUGCUUGGCAAGCCCUAGGCUCUGUGGUUUAGACCUGGCUCCUGGCUAAUUUCGAACACUGCCUUUGGCAUAGCCUAAGUGCUGUGUGCCGCUCCGAUCAAGAGUAUCUGUCAACUUCAUGCUUUACCAAGAUCUUGUUUGAAGCCUCUUGAAACACACAAAAGCAAAGGUACCUAUGUACCACUGCCCCCUGAGAAAUUCCAUAGUAAGGUAGUGUCUUUAGUUAGACCACUGCAAAUAUCAGAGAACAGAAAGCAAGGCCUCCAUUGCUCAGUGGCUGAGCAUCUCAAAAGGUCUCAGGUGCAAUCCCCAGAAUCUCUAGGAAGAGCAGGAAAAGACUCCUGUGUGAAAACUGCUGACAGUCAGUUUGAAGAGCCGCUGACUGUGGAAUAUACAGGUUUGAGGUGGAUCAAUGAUGUGAAUUGGUAUAAGGCUGCUUCCUGUGUUUCUAAGCUUUUAGAUCCGGAACUCUUCGUCAGCAGGGGGGUUAAGGGAAGCAGAUGGUGGGGAGACACUCAUUGGUGUUAAAGCAAUUGGCCUUAAGGCAGAGUGUGGGAAGAAGUAGCAGGCUUACUAGAAUAGGCCAGCCUUUCCUGGGCUGGCGACUUCCAACUGUUUUAGACUGUUUUCCCAUCAGCCUCAGCAAGCACAGCUUCAUGUUAGCAUUGUAGCUCAGUGUCAAAACAUCUGCUCUGCAUGAAGAUGGUCCCAGGUCCAAUUCCUAGACCUGGACCUAUUAAAAUCUCCUUGUCUAAAACCCUGGAAAGCCACUACCUGUCAUUGGGAACAGGACUGAGUGAGAUGGACCAAUAGCCAGGCUUUGUGCUGGAUGAAGAAAUAAACAACAUCUGAUGCCCUAGUUUUGAAAACAAAAUCCAGCAGUUAUCUUAGAUCUGUCUCCAGUCUUAAACACGAAACAAAGAGGUUCCUUGCGCUAGAGAACAGCAGUUAAAAGAAACCUGGUGAUUGUUAUAUUAGCAAAACUAGAGUUUAAAUACAUACUUUCGAAAUAGAUAUUCCUGGCUAUUUCAGUACAUUGGCCAGACAAGACUUGGGCAUUGUUAAUGCCUCGAAAAAACAAUGGCAAUUUGCAACGGUCAGUAAGCUGAAGGCAUCAAAGUGUUGGAGCUGCAUUGCAGCAAGACUUCAGCGCAAUGUUCCUGACUUUGAAUCAACAAUAGAGCAAACUUUGAAAAGAAAGUCCCUAGAGGUACAAAUACAUGCCUCAUUUGCACACACAUGAAAAAGCAUUUCUGCUUACAGAAUUGAGGUUUCCCCUCUUUGCUUCCACUGUCUCCCAGCUUUAAUGAUAAUAGUAGUGUGGUUGUACUUGAUAAAUGAAGUCAAAUCUAAUGGGUAAUGAUGUGUUAUCUUUGGGGGCAAGCUUGCUUCUGAGAGUCGACACACAAGCUUGUCGGGCUAGAAGCUUGCAUGGUUCAAUGUAUGUUGGAAAAGCAAGAGAGAUAAUUUUGGGCUUAACUAAUGUACAAGAUACCUUCAAAAAGAUUUCCCCUCCCUGAGGAUCCCCAGCAGCUCAGCUCAGGAGUGCAGAUCUCUACUAAAGAGUUUUGAAUGUGCUCACCCAACUAUGGUUUCCAUUUCCAAAGGGGUAUUAUUACUUGUGUUUUGGUGCAACAGGGAAAGGGUCUUUUGGCACUUUUGAAAGGGGGACAUUUAUUAUGGUGCAAGGUUUAGUGGACUGUACUUCAUCAGAUCCACUUGCAUCUAGUGAAUUGGACUCUAGUCCGUAACCCAUCGAAGCUUAAGGUGCCAGAAAAUGCUUUGUUAUAGUUUCCAUGACUCUCAGGCCGGGGAUGGUUGUCCAAAUGUGGCCCCCUGGUGUCUCUCUGACCAUUGGGACUCUCCCAAUGUCACACCCCUUUCUUUCCAGGCCCCCUCUUUCAGCAGCUUUGCUUCCUUGAGUGCUUUUCCUGUCUGGAAGUAUUCUGAGAUUAUGAUAGCACUUCUUUCUUUCUUGCCUGGAUAGAGAGAGACGUGUACAGCAACCUCUGAUUUUUGCAUGGUUGGAAUGUAACCUAGUACACAAAGGCAAGAGUUCUAUCCAUUGCUUCAUGUGCUUUUACCUCUGUGCCUGCCCAGCAGUGGCCCCUGGAAGGUUGCCCAUGAGGCAGUGUGGCCCUCUUGCUGAAACAGCUUUCUCACCCCUGAACUAAAAUGCACCAUCUAUUUCGUAUCCCUGGGGCUUCUGCAGCAACUGCAGUCUGUAAAAUGUUUCUAAGACUACCUAAAUCUUUUUUUUAAUAAAUUUUAUUUUUAAAAGAUUUUUACAUUAUUCUUUGCAUUACACCACAAACAAUCCUAGUAUCUUUAUGGGGGUUCUUCUAACCCCUGGACUUCCCCCCCACUCCUGUCCCUGGUUUCCAAUAUUUAUCUCUUCUCAUUUCUGCAUCUAAAUACCUUUAUCCAAACUAUUAAUUUUCCUUGUUGAUGUCCUUUAUCAAAUUAUAUUACAAGUGCUAAUCCAAUCCUGCUAACGUUUUUAGGUGCUUACAGUGCUCCUUCAUGUAUUCUACAAAAAUAAUCCAUUCUUUUUUAGAUUUCUUGUCCUCUUGGUAUCUGCUCUUCCCAGUCAGUCUGGCCAUUUCAGCAUAGGCCAUCAAUUUCAAUAGCUAUUCUUCUUUCGAUGGGGUUUUCUGCUUUCCGUAAAGGUAAAGGGACCCCUGACCAUUAGGUCCAGUCAUGGACGACUCUGGGGUUGUGGCGCUCAUCUCGCUUUAUUGGCCGAGGGAGCCGGCAUACAGCUUCCGGGCCAUGUGGCCACCAUGACUAAGUGGUUUCUGGCGAACCAGAGCAGCGCACGGAAAUGCCGUUUACCUUCCCACCAGAGCGGUACCUAUUUAUCUACUUGCACUUUGACAUGCUUUUGAACUGCUAGGUUGGCAGGAGCAGGGACCGAGCAACGGGAGCUCACCCUGUCAUGGGGAUUCGAACCGCCAACCUUCUGAUCGGCAAGCCCUAGACUCUGUGGUUUAGACCACAGCACCACCUGCAUCCCUUAAUCUUUUUUCCAUAAGACUACCUAAAUCAUUGCUUUGGCUGCAGUCCUUAAAGAGCUUAACAAGGAAGCCCAAGGAAGCUGCUCAGACUGAAGGCGAGGUUGGCUACACCCAAACUUGUGCUGCUUAAAAUAUAAAUGGGGGAACACCCUUUGCUGCUAAGGGUAAGCCAGGACGGCCUUUUCGUAAGGCAUUGGCCAAGGGAGCGCCACCCUCUCUUUUCCGGUUGUCUUGCAUUGGCCUUGUGGAACUGAGGACAUUGCCUACCUAAAAUUAAUUGGCAGCCCCCACCUAUAAAGGUACAAUAUCUUUUCUUGUAAAUGGGAUGGGAUGCUUCUUUCACAACCAUUUUUGGCAGCUUCUGGGAGUUUUGCCACCAUCAGUUCCCUGUUUUCGUGCUAAGUAUAAGUUGCUAUUUUUACUCCUCCCUUUCUAAAUGUUUACUGGGAGGGUGUAAUUAGCAACAAACAUCUGUUUAGGCCCAACCAGCUGCAGUGGCCCGUGGGGAAAUGUGUUGCUGCAAGAAAGGCCUGGAGGAAGAUGAUUUGGUUUCUGACUUCAGGAAGAUUCCCUCCUUAAAGGCUCUGGUCCUCUGUGGGAUGGAGCAAGUGGGAAUGUCCAGCUGAAGGCUGGGUGUAUCAAUGACCUUUGGAUGUCCCAGAGGUGCCGAUUGUUCUUAUGCUGCAUUAUAAAGACAGAGGUUUAUAUUAUACAUAGAGAGAUUUACUCCUACUCCUCAAAAUGAUCACGGCACUUCCACAGCAUGGAUGGGGGAGAAAUUCCAUUCACGUUUCAAGGAAAAUUUGACCUAAUCCACACUUUCUGAAACAUAUGUGAACUGAAACACGGCUGUCUUUUGAAAUUUGCAGGUCUCUGACCUUUUCAGUGCCAAUCUCCAGCCAAGUAAAGUGUACAAAAAUAUACACUAGUGUAUAAAAGUGCAGUAUAUUAGAGGAAAUGUGCAUAUUAGGAGAAAUUAAAAUGAUUAUGAAUUUUUGGAAGUUCUUUUUAAAAAAAUCUCAUCUGCAUAUGGAGAACUGAAUUUAAGAUUCGGAAAAAUGAGAAACUGAAAUCGACAUCUUUGCCUAACCCUAUUUCACCCUACCCACAAAACUGAACUUGGGCACAUACGAAGCUCAGAAUGCCCUGAUUUCCAGGAAAGUCUAGCAGGGUUGAUAUUUGUAUAACACCAGCACCCUUAAAAAUGAAGAACAUGUGGCACACCAGAGAGCUGGUGUAGCACGAUGGCCAAAAGACUGAGCUGUGGAUCAGGAAGACCCUACUUUGAAUUCUGCCUUUGCCAUGAGCUCACUAGGAAUCCUUAGGCAAGCCUGUUCCUCUCAGCCUCUGGCCUCCCAUCUGCUAACUAGGGAUGCUGAGAGUUGUCCAAAACAUCUGUAAGGCCCUUGGUUAUUGUAAGGCAAGGUUGGGGAGCCUCUUCCAGCUCAAGGGUCACAUUCCCUUCUGCGGCAGCCUUCCAGGGGCCACAUGAGUGGUGAGAGGGGCCAGAGGCAAAAGAGGGCAGAGUAAAUGAUACAAAAAUUAUCUUUGCCCAAUAGCUCUGAUGGCGAACCUUUUAGAGACCGAGUGCCCAAACUGCAACCCCAAACCCACUUAUUUAUCACAAAAUGCCAACAAGGCAAUUUAACCUGAAUUGGUGCAUAAUCUGCAUUAGCUGACACUACUCUGACUCCUACUUCGCCCUUAAGAAAGAAGUACCUGGUUACCAUAUUGCAUUGCAUUGUAUCUGGGGAAUUUGUGUGAAGUCUAGGUAUUCUCUCUCAGUGUUUGCAUUGAAAGAGAAGAUGCAUAUAGAUCUCUUUGCCGUUCAUUAACCCAACAAUUACCCAUUCUCAGCACCCUCGUUUGACUUCAUGAAGGUAAGUGUAGUUAAUAUGUUUUGACAUCACCGCCACGAGACCGGGUUUGUCUUCUCUAUGAGAUACUCAUCUUCAGUGUUAGGAUAAAAUAUUUGUUUCUGCAGCAGCCGGAGCAGCUUGUAGAGAAAAUAAAUUCCACCAGUGUUUUCCCUGCUCCCUCGCCCAGCCCCGACUGGCCCCUACGCAGGGUGUCCGGCGUGUCCCAGGGCACACCCUCACCCGCUGCACUUGGCUGUGGUUGAGCUCGGUGAAGAAGCAUGCCAGUAAGUGGGAGGCGAUCAUGGCGUGGUGAGGCUGCUGGGGCCCAGAGCACCCUGCCCAGCGCCUCCCUUUGGCCCCGGCCAGAGGGUGUGUAAAGCCUCAACCUCAUAGCAGCAGGAGGAGGAAGGUGGCUGCUUGGCUGCCCAAGUUGAGCUGAGGACUCAACACACCGCCCUUGCCUUCUGCCGGCGCUCUGCUGUGGUGAUGGCGCAUGUGCACACAGAGAGGGCUCUGAGUUCUCCCUCUGGCAUGUGUGCCAAAGGUUUGCCACCACUGGCCUAUAGGCUAGUUUGCCACCACUGGCCUAUAGGCUAUAUCCAAGCAAGGAAGAGGCAUUGUCAGAGUUCAAGGACACAUUCCCACCACUUAAAAGGUAAAGGGGACUCCUGACCAUUAGGUCCAGUCGUGACCGACUCUGGGGUUGCGGCGCUCAUCUCGCUUUACUGGCCGAGGGAGCCGGCGUACAGCUUCCGAGUCAUGUGGCCAGCAUGACUAAGCUGCUUCUGGCGAACCAGAGCAGCGCAUGGAAACGCCGUUUACCUUCCCGCCGGGGCGGUACUUAUUUAUCUACUUGUACUUGACGUGCUUUCGAACUGCUAGGUUGGCAGGAGCAGGGACCGAGCAACCCACCACUUAAGGAGAGUAUAAAACAGGGAUGUAGGGGGUGUUACCAGAAGAAAAUCCUGAGGGUCAUAUUUGGCCUCCUGAGCCCGAGAUUCCCCAAACCUGUAAUAAGGGUUGCAACUAGAAAAGCAUGUGAAGUUCUUUGAACACUUGAAAGUAGCAUAGAAAUGUUUGAGGGUGAUUAUUCCUCCCAUGUGUUUAUUCAAUGAAACAGGAAUUCCGUGCACAAGUCACCCAAGAUGGGGCAGGGGUGGGGAUUCCCACUGGAAGGCAAGUAUGUAAAUCUGUGCCUGCAACAUGUCAGCUGAAUGCGCUAGCGUGCAUCCCGUACAACAUGUAAGUUGUACAAUGCAAGCUGGCAUUGAAAUGGCAAUUAAAGGCAGUGCUGACAGAAGGAUUUAUUCCCUUAUCUUAUUUGUAUUUGUCAUCUUGCUUCUAGCUGUCCUCAGCAAAAUUCCCCCUCUGCUCCCCAACGUAGCGUCUUGCUUGCUGUUGAUCCCUGCCCAAAAGUUUGAACCAGGUGCCUUCAAACUCCGGCAUAUUCAUCUUUGGCAGAUUAGGUGAAUAAUUAGCUCUCGUGUUUACAGAACACUUUGCCCCUUGAGUCACUCUCCAGAGGAGAAGCUGCUAAAUGCCACACAGGAUGACGAAGGCAGACAUUAAGGGAACUCCACCUCUUGCAAACUAAACUCAGUGGGUGGAAUAUCAUCAAGUGGUUAAGGAUUGAUCAAAGUCAACACCUGGCUAGGAAUCCGCUGUGGAACCAGGGCUCGGGAGGGUUGUUUUUUCCCCCAGACACAGCGCUUGGAUCACAUCAAUGAGGCUGUUGCCUGAUUAAUAGACUGAGAUUUUAUAUAAUUGUUUAAUUUUUCAUGAUAGGGGGAAAAAACAAGGUUCUGCAGCCAAAAAUGUUGAUGCAGGGAUCAGUUGCCCUUCUCUUAAAACUGGGGUGGGCAGCCUUGUUUCUGUCUCCUUACAGAGAGUAGUAUUGGGUAACUGCCUUGGCCCACAGAAAAUUGAUCUGCAGGUGACACCAUGGAUGAUUUUGUUGUUUAAUAUUGAUAUGAACCUGCUAGGUAUGAGACAAGGUGGCACCCAUAUACUGAUGAUACCAAGCUCCGUUUCCUGUGUAACAUCUGAACCAGGAGAGGCUGUUCAUGUCCUGAACCGUAAGAACACAAGAGGAGCCUGCUGGAUCGGGCCAAUGACCCAUCUGGUCCAGCAUCCUGUGCUCACAUUGACCCCAGCAGGACAACAGAAGAGCACUUUCCCUCCUCUGUGUUUUCCAGCAUUCUGGUGUUCAGAAGCAUUACUGCCUCCAGCCAUGGGGGUAGAGCAUGGACAUCAUGGCUAUCAGCCAUUGAUAACCACCUUCUCCAUCAGUUUGUCCAACCAUCUUUUAAAGUCAUCCAUGUUGGUGGCCAUCACUUUCUCCUGGGGCAAUGGAUUCCAUAGUUUAACUAUGCAAUGUGUGAAGAAGUCCUUUCUUUUAUCUGUCCUGAAUUCCAACAUCCACCAGAUGUCCACAAGUUCUAAUAUUGUGGAAGAAAAGUUUUUCUCCAUUUGUUUUCUCCAUACCAUGCAGUUUUAUAAACUUCUAUUAUGUCAUGCCAUAUUCACAUUUUCUUUUCUAAACUAAAAAGUUCCGAACACUGCAGCCCAUGCCUGGAAUGCGAACUACUAAAUAGCAACAGAAUCCUGACAAGACAGAGGCCGCAUCCAUACCACACAUUUAACGCAUUCUUAUUCCGCUUUAACAGUCAUGGCUUUCCCAACACAAUUAUGAACGUGGGCCCUUUCCGUGGCAUGUAGGUGCUACACCACUGAGCUGUGGAGGCAUUUGAGUGGUCACUGUUGGGUGGCAGGAUGCUUGACAAGAUGACUUCUUGGCUGGGUGGUGCUGUGGUCUAAACCACUGAGCCUCUUGGCCUUGCCGAUCAGAAGAUCGGCGGUUCAAAUCCCUGUGAUGGAGUGAGCUUCCGUUGCUCUGUCCCAGCUUCUGCCAACCUAGCAGUUUGAAAGCACACCAGUGCAAAUAGAUAAAUAGGUACUGCUGCGGUGGGAAGGUAAACGCCGUUUCUGUGCGCUCUGGCUUCCAUCACAGUGUCCCGUUGCACCAAAAGUGGUUUAGUUAUGUUGGCCACAUGACUCGGAAAGCUGUCUGUGGACAAACGCCAGCUCCCUUGGCCUGAAAACGAGAUGAGCGCCGCAACCCCAUAGUCACCUUUGACUGGACUUAACCAUCCAGGGAUCCUUUACCUUCUUACCUAUUAAUUUCAAGUAUUACUAAGCACUGGUGUGCUGUGGUAAAAAUCGUUUGCGUCACAUCAGCUGAAUGCCUUUGCACCCAGAGCGGCUUCAGUGCCACAUCUGCAAAUCUGUCAUGAUUCAGACUAGUUUAAAGGGAAGAGGCAAUAAAAGUAUGCAGUGCGUACUCCGCUCUGCAAAGUUUAACAGUGUGUUUUCUUUUAAAUUGUUUCAAAUCCUCCGAGCCUUCAGGGAUCAGCACAGGAAAGUGAAAGCUUUAAGUGGGUGCUUUUGCAUGCUGGGAAAAAUGAAAGUGUUGGUUAACUCACUUCUUCACAAGCCUAGGUAUUUACUGAGUUGUUCAUACAUAUUUCAUUUGUUGCUGCUUUGGUGAUGCUAAAACCUCUCGCAUCUGCGCACAUCCAUCAAAUCUUGGGCUAAGCCCCAAACUUUUAAUUCAGAGUUUAUGUCUUCGUGAUGACUCUUGGUUACCCCCAGAAUCAGCCCUUCAGUAGCAGAAGCAAGAGCUCUGGUGGGCUUGAUUAUCUCUGUAGCAACGAGAACCUCAAUCUUGCCAAAAGAGUCCUGCAAGAAGCGCUUUGCAAUAAUGUACGUUCCACAUAGAGCCAGGCUUGUUCAAAUGGCACUCAGCUGGUUACCUGUCAAGGAGUAAAAGUUACCCCUAGGUGAGCAGGAAAGGAAUACUUACACAAUGCUUCUUUUUUCCUUGUGUAUCUGGAAAACUCCCGAUAGCUAGAAAAGUAGCUGAAGUGAAAUAUUUGAUUGGUGGUGGGAAAUUCAGUAAAGCAUGAUGCAUGCAGUUUAAGUUUUAUAAGCAAACAAAUUCAAAGCUUUACUUGUAAAUAUUUUAAGGUAUUUGAGCUCUAUAACAAACACUUCCCUUACAUUAUUUAUAUUUGCUGGGGGGAGGCAGGGUGAAGGCACUGCAAACAUAGUAAUUUUAGCACGCCUGAAAAACUGCAUGUUUCCUAGGAAUACUGUAUUGACCUAAAAUAAAAGCAAGUUAGAUUUGAUGGGCAUUAUAUUCCUUCCAGUUGUCCAUUAUUAUUUUUUAUCUUGCCUUUGAUCAUUAUGCUGCCAGUUUUACUGAAACAAUGCAUUUCUGUCAAAUGUUGUACUGGGGAAAUGUCCAGAAAUCUCCCCAUUUAUGCCCCACACCAGUGACCCACCCCCCUCAAAUUUCUUCCCCAGGGAUUUGAGUCUCUUUCCAUUCCCAGAAACAUUAUAAUUGAAACCACCAGUCUCUUUACCUAUCAUCUGGGAAUGUGUACCAGGAAGGCGAGGGAGAAAAAAGGGAGGGGAAACCACCCCUCAAUUAUUAUUCUGGGAUUUUAGCUUUGUAAUUUUCCUCUUUAUUUCUUGCAUGUGUGGCCAAAAAUAAAAUAAAAUAGGCUGUUCCCUUGAGCUAGAUCCUAGUCAGCGGGAGUGAGCAAUGUGGGCAAUUUGCAGCAAAACAAACCCAAAUUGGGGAUGAAUUCUUUGUGUGGGUAAAUAACUCUUGGCAAGGCCUUGUUGUAGCAAGUGGAAGGAUGUCUGGAAUCCAGAUGAGUCACCUCAGAACAGCAGGUGAGAGGCCUGGCUUGCCAGGAGCCAAUGACCACCAGGUGGGCCUGCGCAAUUCGUGACCCUCCAACUGAGCACAGCCUGCUGGCAAUGUAUUGUGGCUGGAGAACACUCCUCAGCACUGCCGCCUUUAAAGAAAAAAUAAUAAUAUUAUUUCUGCAGGCUGAGUUCAAAAGGGUUUGUCAAGCCCUGGAGGGUGGGGAGCAUGGUCAGCUGACUGCAGUUGCAAUUUGUCAUAUCUCCAUAGAGGAGAUAUGAGCAGCGUUGAGCUGGGCUGCAUUCAUACCAUACAUUUAAGCGCUGCCAGGGCCAGAUUUAGGUUUGAUGAGGCCCUAAGCUACUGAAGGUAAUGGGGCCCUUUAUAUGUCCAGCUGUCCUUUGUCAACAGCAGAUUGUCACUUUUUUGUGUUGAAUAUAUGCUAUAUGGUAAUUUAUGGACCUAAUAGGUAUCUAAAGCCAUUUGCACAUAACAAAAUAUGUAUUUUAUCAAAGUAAUUGUUGAACUGAAACCAGUGAUAUUUUAGGGAGCAGGCUAGCAGGCAGGGCCCAUUACUUACAUCAUAGGAGCCUACACAACACAAAACAGUGUUGCUGUAUGUAGGUUUUAUAUUAUUUGUUUUUAAUCUUAUAUUUUGGAAAUGUACAUCCACUUUUUUCCCCUUUAAUAUUUUUGGGGGUCCCCAAGAAAGUGGGGCCCUAAGCUAUAGCUUGUUUAGCUUAUAUGUAAAUCCGGCACUGAGCGCUACAAUACCACUUUAGAAAGACAUUUUUAAAAAAGGUAAAGGACCUCUGACAGUCAAGUCCAGUUGCGAACGACUCUGGUGUUGCAGUGCUCAUCUUGCUUUACUGGCCGAGAGAGCCAACGUUUGUCUGCAGACAGUUUUUCUGGGUCAUGUGGCCAGCAUGACUAAGCCGCUUCUGGCGAACCAGAGCAGCACACGGAAACGCUGUUUACCUUCCCGCCGGAGUGGUACCUAUUUAUCUACUUUCGCUUUGACGUGCUUUCGAACUGCUAGGUUGGUGGGAGCAGGGACCGAGCAACGGGAGCUCACCCCCUCGCGGGGAUUCAAACCGCCGACCUUCCGAUCGGCAAGCCCAGGGCUCCGUGGUUUACACCACAGCACCACCCAUGUCCCUGCUUAGAAAGUCAUGGCUUUCCCCAAAGAAUUAUUUGUACCCUGGUUUUCUACACAUAGGUCACCAAAGCAUACUAAAAUAGAAAAUAAAAGAUGCAUACUAAAAAACAUCUCUCCAAGCCUUGCUGUCUGAAAUAUUUUAGAUGGCGCUUUCAGAGGCUGAACCUCUGUUACGUAGUGACUGGGAGUAUUGAAGAAACCCAGCUUCAAAUCCCUCAUCUGUCCUAGUUCAUAAGUUUAUUGUUCUGGCCAAAGACCAUGACACACAAGCCCCUCGUCAACCCUAGAACCUAACCUGGUGACCUUGGGACAAACAGUAUUUCUGAGUCUGCCCUUCCUCACAAGGUUGUUGCAAGGAUUAUGGGGUAUAUGUGAGGGGACUUUCUUUUGCGGAAGGGAUAUAGCUCUGUGGUAGUGUCUCCAGCAUCUCCAAGUAGGUCUGGGAAAGUCUCCCUGCCUGAAUUUCUGGAGAGCAGCUGUAGGUCAGUGUAGGCUCUACUGAGCUAGCUGGACUCAUGGUCUAAUUCAGAAUACAGCUUCCUAUAUUUCCAUGUGUGCACCACCUUCAGUUUCUUGGAGACAGAGUGAGGUGAAAAUACAAUAACCUUGCGCCCUUCCUAUGGUUGCUUUCUAGAUGGAGGACAAUUUCAGUGGAGUAGCUUCAAGAGAUGUAGCUGUCGAUUUGCCAGCUGUUCAUGGGGUUCCAUUAACUCAUGUUGUGUUAGCCUGAAGAUUGUUAUGCUAUGGGUGUAGCUUGCCAAGAGAUGCGAGACUGUCAUACCCGUACAAAAACACUCCAAAUAACCAUCUAGUUGGCUUUGGGAGUUAUUUGUUUGUUUUAAACCAGUUGGUGGACAGGUAGGCCUACCCAAUUCCCUGAUGGGAGCUUAAACCUGUUUUUUUGCAAAGCAAAUGAGUCUGGAGGAAUUGGGAGCAUGAGGCUGUGCAGAAACACCGGCUCGAAUCUCUGCACCCUGCUAAUAGCCACCUAUUUUAUUUAGAAGCCAAACAGCCUGCCUGGAAAUUGCAGUAAUUUCUUCUGCAGUUAAAGCCAGCAUGACCCAGGCUAAGCCAAGAACAGUGCAGCGCCCUUUCCUCUGAAAAUACUGUUCCCUUGACCAGGCUUACGAGCGCCUGUCUGCAUGCAUAGAUUUAUUUUUCUUCAAUGUCCUUUGGGAGAAUGGUGUGAAAUUUUCAUUUAUUUUCAUAUUUGUUUUUUUCUAAAAAAGAGAAUGAUUGCUUGCGAAAUGAAUCCCUCCUGACACCCCACGGUUCAUGUACAGUUAGAAUUGAGAAAAUUAUGUUAACAGGAUUUUUCAGUGUUUGGAUUGCAAAACUGAGCAGAGCACAUGUCAAAAGGGUGCAGUCUCUGAUUUAUUAACUGCUGGAAAUCAGUGUGGAAUUAAAAUCAAGAAUAUAAUACAGUGAAAAUAAUAACAAUAAAUUUAAUAGCAAGGAUGAUGAAUAAUAAACCUUUAUUUGAAACACUCUCGAGUAUUCCAGUCGUUUCCUAGUUGGAAUCUUUGCAGCCACCCUGUUAAUUUAAGUCAGUAUUGUGAUCCCCCAUAUUGCAGAUGAGGGGAUUGAGGUUUAGAAAGUAAAUAACUAGCCGAACAGGGCAAUCCUAUGACGAGAUCUACUGAGAUAAGCAGUUUAGGCUGCACUGGAUCUCCAGCUCACAAGCUUAUUCCUAGUUCAGCUGGACUUAAGGCCCCAACCAGGGCUGGCUUACCCAUGAGGCAACCGCCUCAGGUGGCAGGAUUCACAGGACAGCAGACCCCGAUGCAGAUUUUUAUUCGGCUCUUGUUCAUGAUGUAGAUAGCUGCUUUUCAUUGAUGUCACUGUUGGAUCUGAAGAAGUGUGCAUGCACACGAAAAACUUAUACCCAGAACAAACUUAGUUGGUCUCUAAGGUGCUGCUGGACAAGUUUUUAAUUUUUUUAUUUAUUUUGACUGUUGGAGAUGGAUUUAGUCAUUUUCCUAGGUGCUCACCCUCAGCACCUCAUAACUGGAGGCAUACUUCCACGGAAACAAAAUGUUGCGUUUAACUGUUUGGGGCAAUAUGCAAUACAUGUUUCUGGCUCAUUUUCUUGAAUGGCUCUUGGUAGCGUACAAAAUGUGUGUCCCCCACCCCCUUUAUCCUCACAACAACUUUGUGAGGCAGUCUAGACACUGUGACUAGUACAACAUUGUCUGCUGAAUUUUCCAGCUGAGGAUGGGCUUGAAACUGGGUCUCCCUACUGUUAGUUGAACUUCCUAACCACUAUGGCACAUUGGGUCUUGAUAGCCCAUGCUCCAUGAUUCUUGGUUUUUGUAGAGGUGGGCCUGCAUUGCUGAUCUCAGGUGAGAAAAAGCAAUAGGUGCCAAUCUGUUCAUUCCUCUGAAACUCAGAAUUUCUAUGUUCAUUUUCCUACAGAUAGGAGUCCAGUAGUCAUGUCCGUCAGCGUCCAUGAAAACCGCAAAUCCCGAACGAGCACUGGUUCAAUGAACAUCUUGCUCUUCCACAAAGCCUCCCAUCCAGACUGUGUCCUGUCUCACCUCAACACCAUGAGGAAGCACUGCAAGUUCACUGAUGUCACCCUCUGGGCCGGGAAUAAGUCCUUUCCAUGCCACCGGGCUGUGCUUGCUGCUGCCAGCAGGUACUUCGAAGCCAUGUUUAGCAACGGCCUUCGCGAGAGCUUGGGCGACAAGGUGAAUUUCGACGAUAGCCUGCACCCAGAGGUGUUGGAGCUGCUGUUGGACUAUGCUUACUCCUCCAAGAUCAUAAUCAACGAGGAGAAUGCAGAGUCCCUCCUGGAAGCCGGGGACAUGUUGCAGUUCCAGGACAUCAGGGAUGCAGCUGCCGAGUUCCUUGAGAAGAACCUGCACCCUUCCAACUGUCUGGGCAUGAUGGUCCUUUCAGAUGCUCACCAGUGCAAGAGGCUCUAUGAGCUUUCUUGGAGGAUGUGCUUGGUCAACUUUGAGACAGUCCACAGAAAUGAAGAUUUCAAUAACCUCUCCAAGGACACCCUGCUGGACUUGAUUUCCAGUGACGAGCUGGAAAUUGAGGAUGAGGAGAAGGUCUUCAAGGCAGUCAUGCAGUGGGUGAAGCAUGACUUGGACAAGAGAAAGUCUUUCCUCCCGGAGAUGUUGAAGCACGUGCGACUGGCCUUGCUGCCUUCCGAGUGCCUGAAGGAAGCCAUGACCUACGAGGAGCUGAUCACGGCAGAAGACCAGAACAAGCAAAUCAUGGAUGAAGCUCUUUGGUGCAAAAAGAAGAUCUUGCAGAACGAUGGGGUGGUCACCAGCCCCUGUGCCAGGCCUAGGAAGGCUGGGCACACUUUGCUCAUCUUAGGGGGCCAGACGUUUAUGUGUGACAAGGUUUACCAAGUAGACCACAAAGCGAAAGAGAUCAUCCCCAAAGCUGACCUCCCCAGCCCUCGAAAAGAGUUCAGCGCCUGCGCCAUUGGCUGCAAAGUCUACAUCACUGGAGGCAGGGGCUCCGAAAACGGGGUCUCCAAGGAUGUCUGGGUCUACGACACAGUGAACGAGGAGUGGUCCAAAGCUGCCCCAAUGCUUAUCGCUCGGUUUGGACAUGGGUCAGCCGAACUGGAAAACUGCCUCUACGUCGUCGGUGGACACACCGCGGUGGCCGGGGUUUUCCCAGCUUCUCCUUCCGUUUCACUGAAGCAGGUGGAGAAGUACGACCCUCUCGCCAACAAAUGGACCAUGGUGGCCCCUCUGAGGGACGGCGUCAGCAACGCGGCCGUCGUCAGCGCGAGGCUGAAGCUCUACGUCUUUGGAGGGACCAGCAUCCACCGCGACAUGGUGUCCAAAGUCCAGUGCUACGACCCGCUGGAGAACCGGUGGACCAUCAAAGCCCAGUGCCCCCAGCCCUGGCGCUACACGGCGGGCGCCGUCCUGGGUAGCCAGAUCUUUAUCAUGGGUGGAGACACGGAGUACACAGCGGCCUCUGCCUACCGCUUUGACUGCGAAACGGACCAGUGGACGCGGAUUGGGGACAUGACGGCCAAGCGGAUGUCCUGCCACGCUUUGGCCUCUGGGAACAAGCUUUAUGUGGUGGGUGGCUACUUUGGGACCCAGAGGUGCAAGACGCUGGAUUGUUACGACCCGACCUCAGACACCUGGAACUGCAUUACCACUGUGCCUUACUCUCUCAUCCCAACAGCGUUUGUUAGCACUUGGAAACACUUACCGGCUUGAGGCACACAGUCUGCAGGAGAGAACUGAGGAGCUUGAGGAGGUAAGGUAUCUUAACGGAAGUUUCUGCUGAUGCCUGCAGAUUCCUCUUUUGCAUGGACUUCUAGACAGGAACCCCAGAAGCUUAACAAAUAUAAAAGAUGUGACAACCCUGCAAAGGUGUGUAUUUUGAUGGCGUCUUUGCUCUGGUACCAUGACAAACAUUUAUUUAUUUAUUUGAGUUUUGUUGUUUUAAGAAAAAUUAUACAGGCCUUCAACUUUUCUAGGGUGAGUUUAUAAAAGCAACAACUAGAGAAUUUUUUGUGGGGUGGAUGGGAACUGUGCUGAAAGCAUUCCAAGCAGAAAUAAAAAUGCCCUAGUGAUUGCCAGCUCUUGAGGGGGUUACACUUCUUUGCUGUGGCUUGAGGCUCAGUUGGCGUGUUGCCACAGAGCACGUUCCAUCAGCUUCGGCUGGUAGCCCAGCUGCACACCUACCUAUCUGGACAGGGAUAGCCUAACUUCUGUCGUCUGGUAACAUCUAGGGCUGAGCCUACACACGGGAAAACCCCGCUAUAAAUAAGUCAGAAAAGAAAAGAAAAACGCUAUGGAAAAUUGUGUAGAUUUUUUUUUUUUACCCUCCAGUACCAUCUAGUGUUGCAUGUUUAUAACGCAUUCAAAACGUGGUUUCUUUCCCAGUGUAGCUGAGCCCCGAGUUGGAUUAAUGCAACACAUUGCAUGUUAGGCUGCCACUGAAGAUGGUUCAUAAACUUCAGCCGGUUCAGAAUUCAGCAGCCGGGUUACUCACCGAGGCAAGAUGUUUUGAGCAUAGGACGCCACUCCUGGCCCAGCUGCACUGGCUGCCAAGCGGUACCUGGGCCCAAUUCAAAGUGCUCGUUUUGACUUACAAAGCCUUAAAUAGACCAGAACUGCCUUCCAUCAAGGACUGUCAUAUGAAUCAACCACAUCAACGAGCUUGAGAAGGCCUGGUUAAGCUUGCUGUCCUCUUUGGGGUUCUAACACAGAAAGAAGUGGUCUGCUCUGCCAUGAAGCAGCUGCUUGCUGCUGCUAUGGGCCUGACCUGUGUUUCCCCCAGUUCCAGCCUCCAGUCCUUUCACACCCCAUUGCUGCCCCUUCCCACUCCCUCCCCUCCAUGCCGCACUGCCUGACAACUGACACAGCCACUUCAGCAUCUAAUUAACUGCCGCUUAGCUAUUAAAUACUGCUGCAGAAUGCAUUGAGGAGUCCAUCUUUUCUCCAGCUCGGGUUACAGGGCUUCCCCUUAAGAGCUGCUUUCACACCGGAGAUUAAUUUUAUGGGCCUGCCAUGCAGCUGCGUCCCAUGUAGUGAAGGGCCAGGAUGCUUGUAUCAGCAGCAGCUGAGGAUAAUGGCUGGUGGUUUUCUUCCCCAUAAGAAAAAGACCCAAGCUUUCGCCAUUCUUAACAGAAAGAGGUUUCCACCAGGAUAGCUGUUUCAGCUGGGUAUAGGUUGUCACAAAAUGCUCUCACAUACCAAUACAUAUUAGUUUGUAAUUAUCCUUUCCUUCUGUCCCUGCACUGUCCCUCAAUAACAAUAACAUCAGGUCCCAGAAUGGGAAGUCUCCUGAGCAGCAAACUACCAAUGUUUUCAAGCCACCUUCAAGGGAAUAAAGGUAAAGGUAAAGGGACCCCUGACCAUUAGGUCCAGUCAUGACCUACUCUGGGGUUGCGGCGCUCAUCUCGCUUUAUUGGCCGAGGGAGCCGGCGUACAGCUUCCCGGUCAUGUGGCCAGCAUGACUAAGCCGCUUCUGGCAAACCAGAGCAGCUCAUGGAAUCGCCGUUUACCUUCCCACCGGAGCGGUACCUAUUUAUCUACUUGCACUUUGACGUGCUUUCGAACUGCUACGUAGGCAAGAGCAGGGACCGAGCAAUGGGAGCUCACUCCAUCGCGGGGAUUCGAACUGCUGACCUUCUGAUCGGCAAGUCCUAGGCUCUGUGGUUUAACCCACAGCACCAGGGGAUACUCUGCCCUAAAAGGGUUGAGAAUGACAUAGUUUUACACCUUAAAUGUUUGGGCCAGAUUUUACUGGGGAUUUCAGGCUAUCCCUGCUGACAAACAGGUUCUUGGGCUUUUUAUAAGCAAAACUGUUGUGUCCCCAAUGUGCUCUGUAGUUUAGCAGCAAAACCUGUGCCAAAGAGCAGUGAAAAAUGAAAGUUGAAACAGCUGGAAAAACAGUGAUGAAGUGUUUGCUGAAAUAUACACUUCUGUUUCUUUACCGUUUACAUGUAUAUACAUGCACACACAUACCUUUAACGUCAGUGAUGGGGAAACCUUUGGCCCUUUAGAUGUUGCUUGACACCAACUCCCAUCAGCCCCAGCGAGUGCAGUCAGCGUUCAUCCAUGAUGGAGUUGCAGUCUAGCAAGACAGGAAGGGCCCAGAUUCUCUUCCUUCCGCAGUAUGUUUUCACAAACAGAGCUUGUCCCCUGCAAUUAGUACUGGGGCAGGAAUGAUAUUGGCAGAGUCAGAUAGGAUGCCUCUGCCUUUUUUUGCAAAGGACAGGGCCUCCAUUUCAAAGCAAAAUGCUGUUGUGAAAAGAUAUGCAACUCUUAAAUCACACUUUCUCAAUAAAGGGACCUCCACCGGUUUUCAGACUACGACUCUCAUCAGACCUGGCCAGGAGCUGAUGGGAGUCAUAGUUGAAAACAUCUGGACGUCACCAGGCUGGGAAGGUUGUCCUAACCUUUCAAGAUCUUACUUGGAGGCUUGUAAAUCUGAGCCAGAGAUGAGCAGCAAGCUCCCUGCUGGAGGUUCUUGCUGAACUCUGCAGAAAACUGUGGUGGGGACAGAUUGGAGUUUUCAAACUUCUGCCUUAACUGGCAUUCUCCCUGACAAAUUGGCUUCCUAAGGGCUUGGGUUCCUUGUAGUACCAGCAAGCAUUCAUCCGUUCAACUUCUCCCUACCUUCUGUCCUCAAAGAGCUGCUGCAUGAAUUGGAUCAGCACUUGCCAGUACCCCCAGAAGCCUGUCCUCUCUCUUCUUUAGAAGUGAUUUAAAACAAAACAAAGAGAGACUGGAAUAAUCUAUGAUGAUAUUGACAAAUUGAACCAUUGCCCCUGUAAUGUAUAUACAUAAUAAUGUUGGCUAUAAAGGAGGAAUGUGACCUGGACUGCCUUUCCCCAGUGUUAAUCGCAUUAGAUCAUAUUUCAGAAUGAAUUCUCGUUUGCUGACCAGAACGUCGUGUGACACUAAUUUAUUGCGCAGGCAAUAAUUCUGCGGAUUAACUCUGAUUAACAUUGUGAAAGUAAAGCCCAGAUAUGCUUUCCAAACACAGCAUGAUGUCCUAGAUUUCUGUGCUGUAAACUGGCUGCUAGUGCUCCAUAGAAAUGGAUUUCAGGUUAUAUUGGCUCACCAUCCCACUGCUGUCCUCAAUGCUCACAUGAUUACCUCCAACCAAAUCUUCCAUUUACAUAUAUUUAAUGCUGUAUUGUUUUUAACACUCGAUUGGGAGCUGCCCAGAGUAGCUGGGGAAACUCAGCCAGAUGGGUGGGGUAUAAAUAAUAAAUUAUUAUUAUUAUUACAAUAAAACUCUCCUUUUCGCUUGUUGUUUUACUAUGUAAAAACCACAGCCUAAACGAGCGUUCCCCAACCUGGUGCCCUCCACAUGUUUUGCAGGUGACCUCAAUUCCAAUCGGUGGGAGCAGAUGGGAGUUGCAGGUUAAAAUAUCUGGAAGGCACCAGGUUAGCAAAGGUUGGCCUCGAAUACCAGUUGCCAAACUAAUACGAUUUUGUUGGCCUAGCUUGGAAGAAGAGUGAGGCUGUGGUGCUGAGCUUCUGGCUCCUUUGCCAAUCAACCCAUUUACACUUAAGCAACCCAUGGGCCUCAGGGAGUUCAAACACCACGAGUAAUUAAUUAUAGACGGCUCCCCGUGACUCAUCUGCUAUGAAAAGCUGCCAGCCGUGAAACUCUGCAAGAAGCUGACUGCUUGGCAAGUGAGGUACUCUGGCAUUUCCAGUUCAUUUGGCACAUUUCUGCAUUUGGAUCUGCCCAAGAUCCAACCACACAACUCACCUGCUUCCUCCCUCCCUCCCUCCAUUUGUAGAAAUCUUGUUUUUCUCCUCUGGGGCUGUAAAAGCAAGCAACCUGCUUAAUGUACCAACUUGUGUUCCAUCUGAUUCCAUUCCCUGCAUGAGAAGCCCAGCUGGAUCAAACCAAAGGUUCAUCCAGCCCAAUAUCCUGUUCUCACAGUGGCCAGUGCUUAUGGGAAGCAUGCAAACAGGACUCUAACCACUUGUGGUUUCCAGCAAUUAUAAUAAUAAAAUAAUGAUGGUGUUGAUGAUGAUAAUUUAUACCCCACCCAUCUGGCUGGGUUUCCCCAGCCACUCUGGGUGGCUUCCAGCAAAAUAUUAAAAUACAAUAAUUCAUCAAACAUUAAAAACUUCCCUAAACAGGGCUGUCUUUAGAUGUCUUCUAAAAGUCAGGUAGUUGUUUAUUUCCUUGUCAUCUGAAGGGAGGGCAUUCCACAGGGUGGGUGCCACUACCAAGAAGGCCCUCUGCCUGGUUCCCUGUAACUUUGCUUCUCACAGGGAGGGAGCCGCCAGAAGGCCCUUGGUGCUGGAUCUCAGUGUCUGGGCUGAACGAUGGAGGUGGAGAUGCUCCUUCAGGUAUACUGGUUUGCCAAAGCAUACUGCAUCUGACAGAGGAAACUCUCCAGGGUUUCAGGCCGGGAAUAUUCCCAGUCUUACCUGGAGAUGCUGGGGAUUGAACCUGGGACCCUGUGCAUGCAAAGCAGAAGCUCUACCACUGAGCUACAGCCCUUCCCCAUCUAGUAUCCACUGAGAGCCUCCAGCAGUCCUCACCUAGAUGGAGGGGGAUCUUGUGUUGCUCAGUUCUUUGGCUGUCAGGGACUUCAACGUGUGUGACUGACAGCUCUCGGCAUCCCAGAUUUCCUUUCCCUUUCCAUCCAUUUUAGGCUCCCUUUGUCUUGCAUCCUCUUCCUUUUCUAGACUCCUCCUUUUCUACCCUUCCUCACCUGCUCUACUCCUUGGUAGCUUCCACACAAGCUCAUCCAACAAAGAGCCAAAGGGCCUUUAGUUUUAGAGCAGUUCCGCUAACAAAAUCUAGAGCCCUGUCCUCCUCUGACAUCAGAGCAGUUCAGCCAAUCGUCACCUCAACAUUCCUCAGCUGCUGCGAAUCCACGUCGUUGGGCUUGAGGUGCAUUGCCUCGCAAGGAGGAAUUAACUGGAUUGUCCUCUGUAACCUGGGUGGGAGAAGACUGGCUACAGAAAACGGGCUGGUUCUGCCGAGCAGAUGGCUGUCUCCAGAGCCUGUUUAUCAAGCCAAGCUGGGUGGGAGUGGUUGCCUUUUGGAAACAAGGUGUUGUGCAAACCAAGCUCUAGCCAAGCCUGGAUUGAAAUCAUAGGUACGACACAAGCACCAGCACAGAGCACUCUUACGCAGCAAUAAGAAAAAAAGGGCAACCCGACUCGUUCCUAACAUGAUGGUCCUGUGCCCAGCAUCUUGAGUAGGGGUUUCUGAAUACUCCAGGGAACUCUCCAGGUAUGCAGAAGAUAUAUUCGUUUGCAUUUAAAAAAAACCAAAUAAACUCCCAAUGGUCUGAUGAGGACUAGGAGCAUAUAAUCCCCCGCAGAAGCCACAGAAUACACAGCAUUCAACCCCAUCUGCACGGUGCACUUAAAGCAGUAUCCUUCCACUUUAAAUAGCCAUGGCUUCCCUCAAAGAAUCCUGGGAACUGUAGUUUGUCAUGGGUGCUGCGAGUGCUUAGGAGGCAACCCCCCCAUUCGCCCCACACUUAACAAUUCCCAGGGUUCCCCAGGAAGAGGAAUUGGUUGUUAAACCACACUCCGAAUUGUACUUCUUUGAAGGGAAUAGGGGUCUUCUCACAACUCUCAGUACCCUUCGCAAACUUACUAAGUCACUCAAACAGUUCAUAUCAACGGCAUGUUGCCAGCUUUUUGAUUUGAAAGAUUCUGGCCCCCUCAGCCCAGUGACUCUGAGCAUGUGCAAAAUGAAGUUAUGCUGACUGGAACAAGAGAAGUUUUAGUUUGUUAGAACUAAACAAACUAAAUGGAUGGGGGGGGGCGUUGUUAGCAAAAACAAAAUUUACUGAACUUGCAUUCAGCUCUUCUGCCUGUGCUUAAGGCGGCAAACAACCCAGACACAACACACACAAGUAAAAUGACAAGACGUAUAAUUAAAAACAUGAAAAAGAGUAGCACUUGGCGUAAAAUACAGGUCCUGAAGCAACAUAGUCCUGAAGAUCUAAAUGCUGUGACAAAGAGCUAGGCCUCACAGUAACUUCUGAAACAGUGAUGGGAAAUUUGUGGUCUUCCAGAUGUUUUUACCCUGCUGGCUGGGGAUGAUGGGAGCUGGAGUCCAUCAACAUCUGGAGGGCCACAGGUCACCCAUCCCUGAGAUAUAACAACAACAACAACAACAACAAUAAUAAUAAUAAUAUUUAUAAACCCCCCCCCAAUCCGGCUGGGUUUCCCCAGCUACUCUGGGUGGCUCCCAACAGAAAAAAACAGAAAAAAAACAUCAAAUUAACCCCUAAGAAGGGAAGGGAGCAGGGGCCUUUAAGUUGCACAUCCAGAGUUUGCACCUGAAAAGCAGACUGAGCUGGCCAACAGGGCACCUGGUCAGAGUCCUCCUUAAAUGGGCAUUUCCAUUUAUAUUAUAGUAAUUAUUUCCAAAGGUUUGUCCAUGGCUAAAAAAAUGAGCACAUUUAAUGCAAAUCCCCGUGGUCUUCUGACAACUUCUUUUGGAUAUACAUAAGGCGCCACCCUAGCGACGGGACUCAGUUGCUAUGCAGUUCUAAUCUCUGGACACAAGAUGGAGGGCUAGCUCUGGACUGGUGCCAUUUUGCUUCGCAGAGGGCAGCUCAGUUUGCUGGUGCUCAAAUUGCCAGCUGCUGCGCUGACACAUGAGAUCAGAUAGCUGGGAGAAGGAAAGCAAAUAGUCCCACUGUUGGUAGGUGACUGGGAGGCGGACCGAGAGAACGAGGAUUGGGCAGUCCAUUUCUCUGAGGUGGUUCCUGCAAGCUUUAGUUUAUUGUCCAAAAAGCCUUUCUGGAAACAAGAGGCCUCCCCCAUCCGGGUGUCCUCCAGAUACUUUGGACUCAAGGGAGCACAUAAGUAGUUGUGGGGUCAGGUUAUUAAUGUGUUAUUCCCUCUCUCCCCACAGAUAGCGACACUGAAUUUGUAUGUCAGUAGUGAUACUGGAAUCUGCACAAGUGGCUACUGGCUUUGCUGUCUACUGCCUCCCACAGGGCUCAUUCCUCUCGCUGCCUCAGUAUGGGGAGGGAUGUCAGGCUGCUCCAAGAAGUAUGGAUGGAUGGAUUGAUGGGGAGCCUGAGCAAAUCAUAUUGGUUCACUCAAAGGUAAAGGGAGCUACACACUGUGGACAUCCUUCGAUGGCGGCAGCUUUGCCAGCGUCACACGGGUGCCAUAUUGGCAUCGGCUGGGUUUGGAAGAGAGCCCAGUAAGGGAAGGGACUGAAAAGCCUCAGCAUCUUUCUUCAGACAAAGGAAGCCUUUCGAGGACUUCAGAAACUCGUCUCUCGGCUGCACCACAUGAAUGAAGCACAGGCACCUCUGCAAGGGCUAGAUUUGCGUUGAGUCGUUUUGGAAAAAAGAAACACGUCUUCCUUUGUACUACUUUGAUGGUUCCCCAGGAGUUCUGACAAUUUUAAUAAAAGUUCUUUGGGAAGCUG